UGCGCCGAACUCGCCGGGGACGUCGGGCGCCGGCUCCCUGGCUCGCUCACUUGCUCCGACCGGCUCCCUGCGCCUCCUCCCGGGACUGCGCGGGGACCCGGACCCGGGUGGGCGCGGGGCGAGCAGAGUCCCCGGGCGGGAGGCGCGCGCUCUGGGCAGCACCCGGCCCCGGGCAUGGACAGAGGGAGCUGGGCGCGCAGGGGGCGCCGCGGGACCGGGCGGCCGGAGCGCUGAGCCAGACAAAGGCUCAGGAGUUGCGCUAGCUUUCGGGAGCCGGGCCCGGGGCUCCGAGGCUGCGGGACUCCGCGGCUGGCGGCUCCGGCCGGCCACCUCCCCCGCGGGCCGGCCCCUCGCGCCCGGACCUGCCCUGCCGGCUUCUCCUCCGGCGUGGGAAUUUGCUGAGGGGACCUAAGCGUCUCCGGAGGGGACAGGGACCGAGAGGUCUGCCGCGCGCCCGCCGGGCGGGGAGCCAGGGAGCGUCGCAAGUUUCCGAUCCGCGUGCGGGGCCCGGCGUCGGCCAGCGGGCGAGCCCUGCGUGCAGCGCGCCGGGCCAGGCGAGGCGCCGAGAGCAUGGGCAGCGACCGGAGCGCGCCCGGACGGCCGGGCUGGGCGGUCAGUGUCCUCGGCGGCCGGGAGGCGGCGGCGCGGCCGCGACUGCUGCCGCUGCUCCUGGUGCUUCUGGGCUUCCUGGGCCGCGGCGCGGCGGCGGAGGACGCAGAAGUCAACGCCGAGAACUGGCUGAGGCUCUACGGCUACCUGCCCCAGCCGAGCCGUCACAUGUCCACCAUGCGCUCCGCCCAGAUGCUGGCCUCCGCCCUGGCUGAGAUGCAGCGCUUCUAUGGGAUUCCCGUCACGGGCGUGCUCGACGAAGAAACCAAGGCGUGGAUGAAGAGACCCCGCUGUGGGGUGCCAGACCAGUUUGGGGUGCGUGUGAAAGCCAACCUGCGACGGCGGCGGAAACGCUAUGCCCUCACGGGGAGGAAGUGGAACAACCACCACCUGACCUUCAGCAUCCAGAACUAUACAGAGAAGCUGGGAUGGUACCACUCACUGGAGGCAGUGCGAAGGGCCUUCCGCGUGUGGGAGCAGGCCACACCCCUGGUCUUCCAGGAGGUGCCCUACGAGGACAUCCGGCUGCGGCGGCAGAAGGAGGCUGACAUCAUGGUACUCUUUGCCUCCGGUUUCCAUGGCGACAGCUCACCAUUUGACGGCACAGGGGGCUUUCUGGCCCACGCCUAUUUCCCUGGCCCUGGUCUGGGUGGAGAUACCCAUUUCGAUGCAGAUGAGCCUUGGACCUUCUCUAGCACUGAUCUGCAUGGGAACAGCCUCUUCCUGGUGGCAGUGCAUGAGCUGGGCCAUGCCCUGGGGUUGGAGCACUCUAGCAACCCCAGUGCCAUCAUGGCGCCCUUCUACCAGUGGAUGGACACCGACAGCUUCCAGCUGCCCGAGGAUGACCUCCGGGGCAUCCAGCAGCUCUACGGCACCCCGGAUGGCCAGCCACAGCCCACCCGGCCUCUGCCCACUGUGACUCCCCGGCGACCAGGCCGGCCAGAUCAUCGGCCCCCCAGACCCCCCCAGCCACCACCCCCAGGUGGGAAGCCGGAGCGGCCCCCAAAGCCAGGCCCCCCAGCCCAGCCCCGAGCCACGGAACGGCCUGACCAGUAUGGCCCCAACAUCUGCGACGGGGACUUUGACACAGUAGCCAUGCUGCGUGGGGAGAUGUUCGUGUUCAAGGGCCGCUGGUUCUGGCGGGUUCGGCACAACCGUGUCUUGGACAACUAUCCCAUGCCCAUCGGGCACUUCUGGCGUGGCCUGCCCAGUGACAUCAGUGCUGCCUACGAGCGCCAAGAUGGACGUUUUGUCUUCUUUAAAGGUGACCGCUACUGGCUCUUCCGAGAAGCAAACCUGGAGCCCGGCUACCCUCAGCCACUGACCAGCUAUGGCCUGGGCAUCCCCUAUGACCGCAUCGAUACAGCCAUCUGGUGGGAACCCACAGGUCACACCUUCUUCUUCCAGGAGGACAGGUACUGGCGCUUCAAUGAGGAGACGCAGCGUGGAGACCCCGGCUACCCCAAGCCCAUCAGUGUCUGGCAAGGGAUCCCUACUUCCCCCAAAGGGGCCUUCCUGAGCAACGAUGCAGCCUACACAUACUUCUACAAGGGCACCAAGUACUGGAAGUUCGACAACGAGCGCCUGCGGAUGGAGCCAGGCUACCCCAAAUCCAUCCUGCGGGACUUCAUGGGCUGCCAAGAGCACGUGGAGCCGGGACCCCGAUGGCCCGACGUGGCUCGUCCGCCCUUCAACCCCGACGGGGGUGCAGAGCCCGGGGCGGGCGGGGACGGCGAGGAGGAGGAAGGGGGCGAGGCCGGCGGCGCGGGGGACUUCGGGGAUGGGUCCGACGCGGAUGGGGGCAGCCGCGUGGUGGUACAGAUGGAGGAGGUCACGCGGACGGUGAACAUGGUGCUGGUGCUGGUGCCGCCCAUGCUGCUGCUGCUGUGCGUCCUGGGGCUCACGUACGCGCUGGUGCAGAUGCAGCGCAAGGGCGCGCCGCGCGUUCUCCUCUACUGCAAGCGCUCCCUGCAGGAGUGGGUCUGAGCCGCAGCGCCGCCCUCCUGCUGCGCACGGUGCUAAGGGGGCUGUGGCUGGCGGGGCCCAGGCUUCUCCUACGGCUGGGUGGGGGUGCACCAAGCCAGAACCUUCCAGGGCUCCCUCAGACCCUGGGUGGGGGCCUCGCCAGGCCCUCCAACCUCCCUGCCAGCCCUGCCCCAGCCCUGCCCCAGCCCUACCCGAUGUUUAUUUAUGCCCAGCUUUCGCUGGGUUUUUUUGUUUUUGUUUUUGUUUUGCACACUAAUUGAGUAUUUGUUUUUACUUUGCUGACCCGGAGCAGUGGUCCCUCAGGGCAGGGGUUAGAGCUUUCUACAAAUAGUUCUGCUCGGGACAGGGAGUGAGCGUUCCACCCGCACCACCCCCACACACCCCUCGGCCCUGCCCUGCCCCACCCAACAACACCUCUGCCUUGGCCACAGCCAGGGAAGCAGAGGGUCAGAAGGCCUAGCUGGAAAGUGGCUAAAAUGUUUCUGAGGCUCUUUCCCAUCCUGGGCCCUCCUCAGCCUGAGCUGGCUUUGGAGACUGGUGGGGACUCCGUGGUCUCCACCCAUCCAAAUCUCUGCCUUGGGAAGAGCUUUCCCCCAGGGGCAGCGCCCCGGCCCAGGGGACAGAAGGGUAAGGUGGCCUACUGGCCAUGAGUCAUGUGGAGUUUUGAGUCCUUCCCUGCUCACCCCUCUCAACCCGUUACCCAGGCUUCUCAUACCUAAGAUGCCUACCCUGGCCCUACUAAGUCAAGGGGCCCACAGUCCCCAGUGCCCACACACCCCUUGAGCCUACAGAAGAGGCCCUGGACCUGCCUUACCAAGGACCAAAGGGGGUCUGCCAAGGCCCCUCCACCCAGGGACCUCAUCCGCCAGGCUGGGCUUCCAGCCCCCAGCCACUCCUAUCUGAGCUAUGACCCACCUGGGCUCCUUGGAUUCUUCCCACUCUCCCUCACCCACACCACCGUCCUCAGGGGUCUCAGAAUCCCACGAGUCUCAGGCACCAGCUGCCAGGCUCCCAGCUGUCCCAGGAAGACAGGAGGCUGAUGGGUGCCCACAGCCCACCACGCAUGCGGCGUAGGGGUUCCUCUCCUCCAGCUCCCAGUCCCCCAGAGCACUGGGAGGAGGGACACUGGUGGACAGAGGCCAGCAGCUCUUUCCCUCACACAGACUUGUAGGAUGUGGCUGCAGAGUCUCUAAAGGCGCCCACUGUGGCCUGCAGACUCCCCUUCUCCUUGGCUCAGCCCCAAGGGCAGGGACACUUCCUCCUUCUUUUCCCUCCCAAAGUAAGCAGGAGGCAAGGCUGCUGUGGAAAUGGUACUGUACAGCCGGCUCCGUCCCCUCUGCUUCCCCUCAGCCCUGAGCAAGCAGGUCUGCCAGCCAGAUCCCUGACCCCUGAGGGAGAGGCGUCUCAUGCGCUGGCCUGGAGCAUGGGUCCAGCAGCUUGCUCCCCGCUCCGUCCUCAGAACUGGAGAGCCAGCCAAGGGAUGGAGGGCAGUGUCCACCCCCAUACAUUUCUUUCUGUAAAUAUUCUGCACUGAUUAAAUUGUACAGCCGGCAA